AUGCUUAACCCGGCGCUCGAGGCGCAGCGUGUUUUCAUCGAAAAACAGUUCUCAAAACUCGACAGUAAGAUUGAGCACUUCAGGGCUGAGGUGGCAAAGAACACUGCCGAAAUAAAGAGACUGAAAGCGGAUCAAAAGGGAACGAGCUCUCGUAUCACUAAGGUUGAAGAUAACUUUCACAACUCGUGGUCUGCACUAGAGAGGAGUAUUUCCGAACUCGAGGACCGGUCACGGAGAGACAAUAUACGCAUCAUUAAUCUGCCAGAGAACGUGGAGAGUGGGGAUGUCCGAACUUACCUCCUAACUUCUCUCAAAAAGUGGCUCCCUGCCCUCUCCGGUGAUAACAUCGAGGUGAUGAGAGCCCAUCGCAUCGGUCCGGAGCGGAUUACCAGCGGGGGCCCCCGCACUGUCAUAUGCAAGAUGCUGCGCUAUACUGACCGGGACCGCAUUCUGAAGGCGGCCAGAGCCACGCGGAUUGAGGUGAAUGGAAGAGAAGUACGGUUCGCAGCGGACUACAGUAACUACACUGUCAAGAAACGGCGCGCCUUCGCUCCAGCCAUGGAUACAGCCAGGAAAUGUGGAUUCACACCGUUCCUCAUCUACCCAGCCAAGCUAAAGCUGACCCGGGGCGCAGAAGCCUACACAUCUUUAACUCGCAUGUGGAUGCAGAGUUUUUCUUGGAGCCCAACGCUAAGGGCCAUGCACAGGGUGAGAAAGAUGAUGAGCAGCCAGCUGAUGCAGGUACUGAAUGAAUAA